CGUAUAACGUCUGCAAUCAAUUCUGUCGCACCAUGUCGCUGUCGUUGCUUCUUGCCAACUGAAUCUUCCUUGUCGCACAAGAUCUAAUCCAAACAGCAUUGCGAUGAGCGUCGCAUGCGUCCGACCCCUCUCUUCCGCCAACUCUCUGUACUCAUAGACACCCGUCACCAUGGAUGCCAACAACCGUGAUCACGAGCUCGAGGAAGAACAUGGUUUCGAUGAGCUGCCCAAACCACGCGAGCUGCCCGCCGACCUACCUCGCUCACUCGACGACCGCAGGACCUUCUCUGGCUACGGCAAUGUCGAGACCGAAUACUAUGAUGCCUGGCAAGGCCAGUCGCAAUUCCUUACCGCGCCUACCAUCGCCCAAUCGAACAACUUCAACCUCUCCCUGAACGAGCCCGACAACUUCGACCCCUCCGAGCACGACUUGGCUGAGCACGACACCAGGCUGGCCCACAUGUUGGCAACCCAGGUCCGAAGCAACGAGGACGACGAUGAUGUGGAAAGCACCGAAGACAACAUUGUGAAUGACAAGAAUCUGUCCGACGGCGAGAAGCGACAAAUGCUACAAGACUUCCUCUUCAUGGCUGCAAGCAAUGGCGACGUCGGCCGCAUAAAGCGUUUGGUCAGAGGCAGCGCCGCUCUCUAUAUCGACGUGAACGCCGUGGACUCGGAAGGCACUCCUCCCUUGGUCUAUGCCAGUUGCUUCGGUCAUAAAGAGGUAGUCAUGUCCUUGUUGGACGCUGGCGCAGAGGUGGAUAAGCAAGAUCGCAAUCAGUGGAGUGCCCUCAUGUGGGCCAUGACAAACAGACAUAAGGAUAUCGCAAAGAUUCUGCUGGAUCAUGGAGCCUCGACCGAGAUUCAGUCAUCUACUGGAAGGACUGCUCUCGACUUCGUCGCACCGAACAGCGACAUGUCUGAAUACUUGAACGACAGCGGCUACACCAUCGGAAAUGCUGGUGUGACUGACGACUUCUACAAUGCUGGUUUCUCGCAGGACCGAUUCGAGGAGGAAAUGGCCGAGAACGAGAUGAAGCGUCGCAUGAUGAUGGAGAGCGCAAUGAACCUUGAAGUUGAUCUCGGCAACCUCGGCCUGGAUGAACAACCGGAAUCUGCAGACGAAUUUGAAGAUCCUCAAGAAUUUGUUUGGGACAGAUGUCUCAAUGACCAGAUGUUUGUCUUCCAGGAGAACGACUCGGAUCGCAUUCUUAACAUUGUCGUCACAGAGAUGACCCCUCAGCGCUCGCCAUCUCAAAAACCUAUACCCGCCAACAUUAUUUUCCUCGGAGCCAGAUAUGCACACUACCACUCUAGCCAAGAGUUGUUGAGUGAGUGGCUCAAUGCGGCUCAGGACAAGAUCUACGCAGUUGUUGAAAAGCAUCAGUGGGACAUGACUAUGCUUGCUUUCUGGAUGUCCAACACAACCCUUCUAUUGUAUUACCUGAAGAAAGAUACUGGUUUGUCAGAAGUAACCACAACAUUCCAGGCUAAGAUGGCCGAAUUGAUUCACGAGAUAUAUGUACUAAUCAUCCGUGAUGCCGAAAGACGGAUGGACAAGGUUCUGGAUGAGGCCAUGCUGGAUCACGAAACCAUUCCAGGAUUUGAGGAUAUCGCGUUUCAAAAUGAAUGGAAAUUCUUGCGAUCAAAACCGAAGGUGAAGGCUCCGGAACCAUUGGAGAAGCGCUUCAGGCCACCUUCACCCAAGCGUCGCGCACAGGUGUCGCCGAGAAAUAUCACUUCUCUUCUAUCCUCUACACUAUUCGUGCUCGACCUGUACGAUGUGCAUUCGGUCAUUACCACACAAGUCAUGUCCCAGCUUUUGUAUUGGCUUAGUGCUGAGAUUUUCAACCGCAUCAUGUCAAACAAGCGUUAUCUUGCGAGGACAAAAGCAAUGCAAAUCCGUAUGAACAUCUCGCAGCUCGAGGAUUGGGCUAGAACAAACAACAGAGCUCCGGAGCACUACGAGAACGGAAGUUUGAACGCUACUGGAGAGAACAUUGUUGAAGCUGCACGCAAGCACCUGGCGCCGGUAGUACAGCUUCUGCAGUGGCUGCAAUGCUUUUCAUCACUAGGUCAAGAUGACGAGGCACUAGAUACCACUUUACAACAAUUGCCUGCAUUGACGACAAAGCAAUUGCUACAUGCUGUCAAAUACUAUCGUGCUGAGGUCGGUGAGAAGAUCCUACCAAAGGCCGCGUUAAAGCAUGUCGAGGAGAGCAAACGACAACUCGCCCACAAAGCAGCAGAAGCCAACUCACCUGCACUUCCAGCCCCAGCCGCGAAGGGAGACAAGCCAAAUACACCUGCACCGCCUCCUGUUCUGAGAAAGGACGAGGACGACUCACCAGAGGGCAACUUGGUGGAUCCAGCAUUACUACUGCCGUUCCACCUCCCCACAUCAACAGACAUGCUAGUCACAUACGGUGCAGGCUUCGGAGGAGUUAAUCGGGAAAAAGAACGAAGAUAUACCCCCACAGUACCUCCAGACUUUUUCGAAAAAUUGGAUCCUUCGGGGAGCAGUCGCAACUUGUACGAAGAUGCCAAGUGGAGCGAUGAGGAUGUGGAUCUGGGCAAUUAGAUCAGAUCAACUCAACAAAGCACAAAUUCUCAGCCAUAUUCAUCCCUUUACCGAUUACCUGUCCCUCGUGUUCGAUUACUUACUAAAACACACAGCCUUUCUAGAGCGUUCCGGACUUGACAAAAGAUUUUUGUGAGAUGUCGUGUUGUAGAUUUGUUUGUUAAAUUUCGAUCUCCGUGU